UUGGGUUGCAGCUAUGCUUUAUAACAUAUAUACAGUAGCGUCUUUGUUAUGUGGGAGUGGUUUCUUUGAAGUUUACAAAUACCUAAAUAAAUAAACAAACGUAGCUGUUUUAGCGUGUGCUAGAUUCACAUUCAUUUUACGUUCAACAAUAGUUAAAAAUACUGCAACCAUGGCUGACCAUUUCGGCCUAAAAUGGGACCCAAAGAAUUUAGAGAUUAGAACAAUGUCUGUAGAGAAGACCCUAGAGCCGCUAGUCCUGCAAGUGACAACACUGGUCAACACAAAAGGACCAAGCAAGAAGAAAAAAGGAAAAUCAAAAAGGGCAAAUGCACUUGUAAGUACUGUUGAGAAAGCAACAGAGAAUUUCAUUCAGAAGGGAGAACAGAUUGCUUAUGAAAACAAGGACAUAACACAAGAAAUGUUAUCUGCUGUAGAUGAGGUCAGAAAAACAGGAACUGCAAUGAGUAUUGCAGCUAGGGAAUUCUCAGAAGAUCCCUGUUCAUCACUAAAACGUGGUAAUAUGGUAAGAGCAGCUAGAAAUUUGCUAUCAGCUGUAACGCGUUUAUUAAUUCUGGCUGAUAUGGUUGAUGUGCAUUUAUUGCUAAAAUCUCUUAGAGUUGUUGAAGAUGAUUUACAAAAACUGCGUGAUGCAUCUAGUCAAGGUGAACUGUUGGAUAAUAUUAAAGCUUUUGGACACAAUGCUAAUGAAUUGAUGAAUCAAGCUGCUAAGAGGCAGCAGGAAUUGAAAGAUCCACAACUUAGGGAUGACUUGGCAGCUGCUAGGGCUGUGCUUAAGAAGCAUUCUACUAUGCUUUUGACUGCAUCUAAAGUCUAUGUGCGUCAUCCAGAGUUAGCAGCGGCUAAAGCGAACCGCGAUUAUGUUUUAAAACAGGUAUGCGAAGCUGUUAAUACCAUCAGUGAUGUAGCCCAAGGAAGAACUCCGCAGCCCACACAAAGUCCGUAUGAUGGACCAGGAGAACUUGCAGCAGCUCUUGAUGAAUUUGACGAACAUAUGGAAAUGGAACCUCUUGCAUAUAACGAGGUCCAUACUCGUCCCUCUCUGGAGGAGCGUUUAGAGAGUAUUAUCAGUGGAGCUGCUUUGAUGGCAGAUUCCAGUUGUACAAGAGAUGAGCGUCGCGAAAGGAUCGUGGCCGAAUGUAACGCUGUUCGUCAAGCGCUCCAAGACCUUCUCUCCGAAUACAUGUCAAAUCAAAUGCAAGUAUUACGUGGAGGGGCACGGAUUGGUAACAAAGAACAAAGCGAUGGCUUGGGCCAUGCAAUUGAUCAUAUGGGAAAGAAAACUAGGGACUUAAGAAGGCAGCUAAGAAAAGCUGUUGUAGAUCAUGUGUCUGAUAGUUUUUUGGAGACGAAUGUGCCUCUUCUUGUAUUAAUAAAGGCAGCACAGAAUGGAAACGAAAAAGAGGUCGACGAGUACGCCGUUGUAUUUACCGAGCAUUCUAAUAAGUUAGUGGAAGUCGCAAAUUUGGUAUGCAGCAUGUCCAACAAUGAGGAUGGCGUAAAAAUGGUUCGAUACGCUGCUGCUCAAAUUGACAACCUCUGCCCUGAGGUCAUAAAUGCUGCCCAUAUUUUGGCAGCACGACAUCGUAGCAAAGUUGCUCAAGAAAAUAUGGACGCAUUCAAGCAGGCUUGGGAGAACCAAGUGCGCAUUUUGACUGAGGCUGUUGAUGAUAUCACAACUAUCGACGACUUUUUGGCUGUCUCCGAAAAUCACAUUCUUGAAGAUGUCAACAAGUGUGUAUUGGCGCUGCAGGAAUGCGACGGGGAUACUCUGGAGAGAACGGCCGGUGGUAUUAGGGGUAGAUCGAGCAGGGUUUGCAACGUGGUAACAGCGGAGAUGGACAAUUACGAGCCAUGCGUCUAUACUAAGCGAGUGUUGGAAGCCGUAAAAGUUCUCAACGAUCAGGUUAUGCCUAAAUUCGGCCAAAGAGUUUCAGUUGGAGUGGCGGCUUUAUCUAGUAAUCCUCCAAAAGAAGUUGACGAAAAUGAUUUUAUUGAUGCUGCUAGACUCGUUUAUGAUGGCGUCAGAGAGAUUCGAAGAGCUGUACUAAUGAAUAGAGCUGACGAAGAUCUUGAUCCCGAGGACGUAGUUGUAGACGAGAAUUAUACUUUGGAGACUCGAAGCAAAUCGAGCGCUCACACUGGAGAACAUGGAGUUGAUGAAUAUCCCGAUAUUAGUGGAAUAACCACCGCUAGGGAAGCCAUGGGUAAAAUGCCUGAGGAAGAUAAGCAGAAAAUAUUGCAGCAAGUCGAAUACUUCAGAAGCGAAAAAUUGAAGUUUGACAGAGAAGUUGCUAAAUGGGAUGACACUGGAAAUGAUAUAAUUGUGCUUGCCAAACAUAUGUGCAUGAUUAUGAUGGAGAUGACUGACUUCACUCGCGGACGCGGUCCUCUAAAGACAACGAUGGAUGUUAUUAAUGCUGCCAAGAAGAUAUCCGAAGCGGGAACAAAGUUGGAUAAACUUACUAGGCAGAUUGCUGAGCAAUGUCCAGAAAGUUCGACUAAAAAAGAUUUACUCGCGUAUUUGCAGCGGAUUGCUUUAUACUGCCAUCAGAUGAACAUCACUUCGAAAGUUAAGGCGGAUGUGCAGAACAUUAGUGGUGAACUUAUCGUUUCUGGCCUGGACAGCGCGACGUCUUUAAUCCAAGCCGCCAAAAAUCUGAUGAAUGCUGUUGUCUUGACAGUGAAAGCUUCAUACGUCGCAUCCACCAAGUAUCCACGCCAAACGGCAGUUGCGUCGCCUAUUGUCGUUUGGAAAAUGAAAGCGCCUGAGAAAAAACCUCUGGUUCGGCCUGAACGACCCGAAGAGGUUCGUGCAAAGGUGCGUAAAGGCUCUCAGAAGAAAGUGCAGAACCCCAUUCAUGCCCUUUCUGAGUUCCAAAGUCCCGCCGAAUCGGUCUAA